CUAGACAUUUGACAUACUCCAUAUGACCAAGACAACCUAACCUUAAAUAAAUUAUCAACAGUAGAAAUAUUGUUAAUUUAAAUUUAUAUUAAUAAAAAAUGCGUUUGCCUGCAGCUAAUAAAGCCUCUAUGUUAUUAGGUAUCUGCGUACCUAGUCUUAAACAAGGAGCAUCAAAGUUUAAAAUCAAGAGACUUGAACUGGACAGUAACUUGCAUAUGUACUUUACAAAAUUCGAGUUUGUGUAUGCCCACGAUCCCCAAAAACAAUGCAAAACUGGAGACAUUGUUUUGAUUGAACAGUUACCUCAAAAAUUAACCAUGCUCAUUACACAUGGCGUCAAAGAGAUAAUCUAUCCCUUAGGAGAUGUCACUUGCCCAUUAACAAAUAAAAAAGUAGUGGCGAGUAAAUACAGAGACCAUAUCGAUGCAAUUAACAAAGUUUAUGGAGAAAGACCAGGGGCAUUUAAUUAUAAAAAUGCACCACAGCGAGGUUGGCAAGAGGAUAAAAAGGACUUCUCACAUGUAGACACAUAUAUUAAGUACCAUGACGAUGGCACGGAACAACCUUACGCAGUUUAAUUGUUUCUAUUUUUUUCUUUGUAUAUAGUUGGGUUAUAAGAAAAGUACAGUUGUAGUGUUUA